AUGCCCUGGCGGCGAGCAGUCGUGGUAUGUGUGUGUGUGGGCGCAAGUCAUAAGGACGCGGCUCCCAGGACGAUGCUCUGCGCCCAAAGAGGCUCAUGGUGGUGCGGCCGUGUCGGCGCAGACGGGCGUGUGAUAGGCGGGCGGGCUGGGUCAGCGGAAGAGUGGGGCGCGCGGCUACUGGAACAGUCUGGAUGCUCUCGGCUGCUGCACGAUGUGCAGCGCUACCCCGUCUCAAGACUGCCGCUGCUUCUUGGGGCCGGCGCCAUCAAUGACCCUCGGUGUGGUGGCUGUCAAAAGCUAGCUAGCUGCCUACCUCUGCCUUGUGCCUCGUGCCUGGUGCGCCUCGUCGCCGUCCACUCGGCCCCCUCUGCCCCCUACUUGUGGCCUAACGUGAUGAUGGCCUGCCUCGCCCACUCGCUCGCCCGCCCAUGUAAUCGACGAUCGUCCGAAGCCGAACCUAGCGCUCCUGUUGUUGCUGCUGCUUCUGUUCUUCUGUACUCCAGUGCUGUUUGUUUCUCUACUGCGUUCCAGCGACAACGACAACACUGCUACUACUAUUGCUGCAUCACACCGUCCCUCGUGAGCAUGAUGCCUCGACGCAGGGCCCGCUUCACUCUUCUCGCAGUCGCUGUUGCAUGGGCAUCGGCCGAGGCGUCUGGAGCGACCAUGAACGUGUCAUCUCCAGGUCCAGGCCUGGGCACGGCGUCGUCGGCCCUUUGUUGCCCUUAUUUCCCUGCGCUAGCCAUGUUCGGCGACCAAUCAGCCCGUAGUCCCGCUGCAGCCAGCCAGUUGCUUGCGUUGCCUUGCCUCUGCACUUGCACCUACUUGGCCCUUUGCUGCUUGCUUCGCUGCUAG